AUGGAGAGUAAGGAUAGCAACUUGGCCUCCACUAAGGCACCACUGCCAUCAGGGCUCAGCAUUGUCAACGAACAGGAAAAACAUGGAGAUGACAAUGUGUCCUGCGUUUCUUUUAUUAACCACGGUUAGUUUAUAAAGCUUGUUUUUGGUUUGCUACAACUUUUGUUGCACAUCAACCUGUUACUUCAAUAUACUACUUUUAUUUUGCACAGACAAUGACAUUGUAUAAAUGGAUAAACGUUUUUCUUUCCUGCUUCUUCAUCCUGUCUUCAGUGCCUUCCAUUAGAUUUUUCAGAUGCAGUUUAUUUAGAUGUUAAAUGACUACAUAAAACCUGGACUUGAUUUCUUUUUGUAAUGGGUGAAUAUAUAUAUAUAUAUAUAUAUAUAUAUAUAUUCCUGUAUGACUAAUACGUGAUAAUUCUUGACAUUUCAUUCUUUUGGGGGCUGUAACUGAGCUCCAUCCGAGUGAUGGACUUUGGGAAUACUUAAAACUGACUUUCCAAUUCAAUCACUAUUCAGAUUUCAAGCUAUAGAUUUAUUUUCUACUUGAAUGAGGUGCCUUUCAGACUAUACUUAUUUUAUAGUUGAUCUUUGCUAUUAUGUUUAAGAGUUUAUAUCUCCAACUAAGAAAUGUGGUUGCGUACUUCAUCUUUCUUCCGUUUUCUGUGUCAAGAAUUUGUGCUUUGUGAUAUUUUUGUAAUUUUUAGGUAUGUAUGACCAUGGACUAUCUCUACUUAGGAGAGGCUUGAGUUCACUUCCCUUCAGACCUUGCAACUAAGCUUGUUGUAAUGUUGUAUUCCCCUCCACAUCUUCGGACAUGAAGUUACAUGAAUAUUUUCCUGUGUUGCCAUAUUUUCCCUCCACAAAGAUAUCUCUUUGCUUAAAUCACCCAUAUUCAUCCUAAUCAAUUGUUUGUUAGUUUAAUCUAAGACAGCAGGUGAGGCAUCUUUGUUUUUCUCGAGAAAAAUGAGUUCUAUUUUCCGUCUUCGCUGCAGCUGAGAUAGCUUGGCAUGAGAGAAGAAAAGAGUGGGUUGGAGAUCAGUCAAAGAAGCCACACAGGAUGACUAAAGAACCCGUUAUUAGGUAAGCUCAUAUUAGCCUUUGGAAUAUGCCCAUUUCAAGGAUAGUCAUUUCAUGCAUGGUCUUUUCCUCAUUUUCUGUUUUCUACUUUUGCCUGUCUCCUGGCUUUUAUACUCGUAUAUAUACAUAACAGCACCAGGAGAGGCAACUCUCCAGUCCUUCCUCUACUCCCUAUUUGUAACACGCCAUCAGUGACAAGUUCCUUUGCGAUACACCAACAGUGUCUGCUUCUUUCUUUCUAGGUAUUGCAUGGUUUGGAUUUCUCUCUUGGCAUAACCUUGACCCUUCAGGCUUUCUCUUUGUCCCAUUUUCUUUAUGGAGAAGGUUUUACCAUCACCACCCUUCGGGUUUUCUCUUUGGGGUCAUUUCUUUUAUUUUCGUCUUUUGGCCGGCCAACGACUUGGUCAUAUGUUUCGCCAAUUGGCUACCGCUCACCUCUCUUUGGCAGUGUCAGAUGUUCCUGCCCCUGUUAGUGUUCCCCCGUUGGUGUCCCCAUGUCGGCUAGGGCUUCCUCGUCGUGCUACCCUACAGAGCUGAGAAGAAGCGUGUGAAUGGGUCUAAAGGUCAUGGUCAGCUUUUUGCAUGAUUUGAUACGUUUGUCGGAUCCGGACCCAAAUACAUGAGCCACUUGUUAGAACUUGGAUAUCAUUGUGGAGAUCAAUAGAUGAACAGGUGAUAAGAUUUGUGUCGAUCAACAUGAACAUAUAUUCGAUUUCCAUUCAGGGGCUUUCUGUGGCUCAGGUCAUAUUUGAGCUGUCUAUUUUAUUUUUCAACAUUCUUCCAAAGUUGUUCUGUGGCUGUCACCAUGUCGUAUAUGUUCAAUAUUCCCAAGAUAGUUGGCUCAUUAGAGUUGCCAAUUGUGCCGUAUAGGUUGCUGGUCUAUGUAGCCCAACUCACGGACUAUCAAGUUUUGAGCUUUUGCUCUAUUGAUCAUUUCAUCAGUGUGUGCUUGUUAGACCUCACCACUUGUAUUAUUUCAAGCCCCUACAACUUCUACCUUUUCUCAUCACCUUGUCUUAAAGUCAAAAGCUCUCUGCCUUCUUUAUUCUUGAUUUACAACAUCGUCACAGAGGUCAUUUUUCCAAAAUUCAUCUCAAGUCCAUGCGUGAAUUUACUGUCUUAGGGUGUCAACAUUCUUGCAUCUAGUCAUCAGAUCGUGCGAGGUGUGAGCUUAUGAAGCACCUUCCCUUUUUCUUUAAACGAGUCUACGACUGAUUUCUGGUGCAAAAUAGUCAACCUUCACCAUCCAGUUGAUCCAGAUAUUUAAAUCUCUAAAAGGAACCUCGAUGAGGAAGAUGGUUGACUUUAAAUGGUCUGUAUUUCCAGUUGGUCCACGACUUAUGAAGAUCUACUCUCGACAAACCAGCAUUUCCCCCGGCGAAUCGCACUGGCCGUGAGUCAUUUACACCUUGCACAAGCGCCUCCUCACAUUUUCCAGACCCGUCUUGCAUACCAUCCUGCGUGUUCUUCUUCCAGGAGAUGGUGGAUUUUUUGGUCGACAUCUGGCACGAAGACGGGCUCUACGACUGA